CAGAGUACAUUGUGUUGUCAUUAUAUUCGCUCAUUUUUAUCGACGAUUGGAGUUGCAAAACAACAACAGCAACAGCAGCAGCAGCAGCAGCGGCAGCGAGGGGGCAACAGCAGCAGCAGCAGCAGCAACGACAACAACAACAACAACAACAACAACAACAACAACAACAACAACAACAACAACAACAACAACAACAACAACAACAACAACAACAACAACAACAACAUUUGUGAAUACGUAAGUACGGUUUUUGUCGUGAAAAAACAAGGUUCGACGUUGAGCGCCGAAAGGGACUUAAGCGUUUCUGAAGUGUAGCACCACACUCGAGGAAGAUCGUAACGAGUACGCGAGUCAACGGAGGUUACAUGAAGGGGGUGGACAAAGAACACGAAAGGACUCGAAGGGUCGCAACCGGAGGUUGCGACUGACCGUUACA